UGUUCAUUGUGUUGUAGCUGGAGAUGUUCUGUGAGGUGAUGACCAUGCAGCAGGCGGGCUACGUGAUGCUAAUGGACUACCUGCAGAACAACUACAGGGAGCAGCAGCAGCAGUUCAUGGGCCAGGCCUUCUCCUCCUACACUGGCACAGAGGAGGUCCUCACUCCCAUCUGCAGUUCAGAGCCGGAGAACGUGCAGGCAGACCCCCAUAACCUGACCAGCCUGCUGGUGAUGUGGGAGCGGCCACGGGCGGUGUACGACGCCGGGAUAGAGAAGUACUCAGUUACCUACAAGCUGGCCCAGGGAGAGGACCCUCCGGCCUUUGAGUACCUGACCGACGGAGACCAGGAUGUGGGGGCCAUAUUGCAGGACCUGAUGGCCAACACCAGCUACGUGGUUCAGGUCUUGGCCGUCUGCACCAACGGUCUGUACGGCCGCGUGAGCGAGCAGCUGACUGUCGACAUGCCGAUCGACGACCCCGAGGAGACCCCUGAUCCAGAUUCUACUGGAUUUGCAGAGGAAGAGGACUAUGGACCCCGGGUUGAACCGGGUGAAGACCAGGACAAUGACAUGGACUGGACCACCCCAAGCUUUACGACGACCAGGCCCAAAACAACCACUGGCCUACCAAGCCUCCCCUUGCCUGGUAUCAGAACAACCACCCCUUCUGUCCAGAGGAGAACAACCACUCCAGGGUCUCCUUUCAAGACCACUCAGCCCAACCGAUCCCAUACGUCCACGGAGCCGAGUGUAAGGUACCGCACCACAACCAGAGCACCAGUAGAGGGGGCCAUCUCACCAAGCAGCAGAGGGAGCGGGAGUACCCAGAAGUAUACCACAACAGCGUCCAUGCCACUGUCUCGCACUGAUGACGUCACCACUUCCUCAACCAGAAAGGAGAAGGGCAGAGGGGUGGCGCACCCCGUGACCGUCCCAAGCGGCAAAGGCAGCGGUGUUCCCAUGGCCAUCCCUCUCCCGGAGAGCUGGACCGUGGCCACUUCUUCCCCCUCCCUUUUUCAGGGGGUACCACCACAGCCUACAAGUCCCAGCAUGCCCUUGUUUUCGUCCACUGCCUCCUCCUUCGGCAGUGUUCUCUCGCAGACCACGCAGCCGGUGUUCAACGGUGAGAUCCUCCCCUCCACCCUUCCUGUGUGUGACACGUCGACCCCUGGUUACCCCGGCUCCGUCCCUAGCAAUGCCCCCACCGCCUGCCUGCAUGCCCCUCCUUCGUCUAGACCUGUGUCGUCUGUGACCCCUCCUGCUCGGGACUCCCCGCAUGCUGCUACAGCACUGUUGUCUAGUGGUGACUCAUUCCUCGCUCCCUCCUCCCUCUCCUCCCCCACCCUGCCUCUCCUCCCUGACCCCUCACACCCCCUGUCUGGUUGGGAGACCGUAGUCUCUCGUGGUGUUGGCGAUGAAGGCGAUGAUGAUAGUGGUGAUGGCGAUGUGUUGUCUGGUUCUUCAUCCAUGGCCUCAGGUGACCCCGCACUAUUUAGUGACACUCCCCGCCUUCAAACUCUCCCUGACUCGCCCGUCGAGCUGGACCUGUCUGAGCUAGCCUCUAGACCGCUCCCUGCAGCCUCUCUCUCCCUGCAGCCUUCUCUUCUCCUCUCUAGUGACUUCUCUCUGUCCGGGGCCACCCCGGGAAUCACUGACUAUGUCUAUGGCAGGCUGGGGGACUCUAGUUAUGCUACGGGCGGUGUAAUAGAGUCUUCUCUGUCGUGGGUUGUUGAUGGUGGCGGAGGGUUCACGGUAGCUAGCAAUGGUGUGGAGUCGUUGUGUAGCUGCUCUCUGGAUGGCACCUCGUCCUCUUCCUGGUUGCAUGCCUCUCCUCACCUCCCCCUGCCCACGUCUGACUGGGGGGCGGCUAGCCUAGCGCUCUACUCCUCCGGUAGCGACUUAGACCAUCUCAUCCAUUCAUCUCUGGCAGGCUCCACCAUCCCGUCUGUAGGUCAGCCUCUCUUCUCUUCCUCCUCUCCCACACCGCCCCGCUCCAAGGACCGCUGGGUCUCGGCCCUCCGAACCUCCGCCCCCUCCUCUUCCUCCCGCACGGCCUCCCCCGUCACCCCCACCCUCACCCCUGACCUGCAGACGGUAGACAGUAAUGCGUCUGGCUCGACCCUGUCGGGAGAAGCUCAAGAGGAGCUGGAUGAAGAGUGGGACAGGAUUCAUAGUUCAGCCUCGGCCUUAUCCUCAGGGGAGGAAAUGCUCCCUUACAUCCCCACCGCCCCCCCCUCAUUCACCUCUGAGGUUGCCGCCUCUCCCGAUUCCGACAAUGAUGAACGCUCCUCUGCAUUUUACUUUGAGAGUGAGAGUGGCAGUGCUAUCGCCACGGAGACGGCGGGGAGCACGGCAACAGUAUCUGCGAUAACUGCGGCGGUGCCCUGGCCGCUAGGUGGGGAGGAGCAGAGUGGCUCGGGACAGGGCGAGAGCCCAUACGACAACGAGAUGUCCUCAGACUUCAGUAUCCCUGAGCGCACAGAGAGAGACUCUGAGGAGGAGGAGCCAAUCGCAGAGGCCAGUAACAGCAGCCAUGAGUCCAGGGUGGGUCUGGCCAGGGAUAAGGAGAGGAGGGCCGUGGUCCCUCUGGCGGUGGUCUCCACCCUCACCUUCGUGGGACUCAUCAUCCUGGUGGGCAUCCUCAUCUACUGGAGAAAGUGUUUCCAGACUGCCCAUUUCUACAUAGAGGACAACACAUCGCCCAGAGUCAUAUCUGUUCCACCCACACCAUUGCUUACAGCUACAGAUGAACAUGAAGCCCUUGCGGUGAAGCAGUUUGUCAAGCACGUGACAGAGCUCCACCACACCAACGCAUUCUCCCGGGAGUUUGAGAUAUUGAAAGAGUGUUACGAGGAGGUGCAGGUGUGCACAGUGGACCUGGGUAUCACCGCAGACGGCUCCAACCAUCCAGACAACAAGAACAAGAACCGAUACAUCAAUAUCCUGGCCUAUGACCACAGCCGAGUAAGACUCUCAACCCAGGCUGACAAAGAUGGGAAGAGUGGAGAUUACAUUAACGCAAACUACGUUGACGGUUUCAACAAGUCAAGGGCCUACAUCGCGGCCCAGGGCCCUCUCAAGUCCAGCACCGAGGACUUCUGGAGGAUGGUGUGGGAGCAGAACGUGGGCGUCAUCAUCAUGAUUACCAACCUGAUGGAGAAGGGACGGAGGAAGUGUGACCAGUACUGGCCACUGGAGAGUCAGGAUGAGUACGGUGGUUUCCUGGUGACGGUGAAGAGCAGCAAGGUUCUGGCCCACUACACCGAGAGAACUUUCACCCUCAGGAACACCAAGGUCCAAAAGGGUUCACUGAAGGGGCGGAUUAACGAGCGGACCGUGACACAGUACCACUACACCCAGUGGCCAGACAUGGGCGUGCCUGAGUACACACUCCCCGUGCUCACCUUCGUCCAGAAGUCCUCCAAAGCCAGGACAGAUGACAUGGGCCCUGUCGUAGUGCACUGCAGGUGGGAAGCCAUAGAUUUGCAGAAUUGCGGCGUAGGCAGGACUGGCACCUACAUAGUGUUGGAUAGCAUGCUGAAGCAGAUCAAAGAAGAGGGCACGGUCAACAUCAUGGGUUUCCUCAAACACAUCCGCACACAGAGGAACCACCUGGUACAGACAGAGGAGCAGUACGUGUUCAUCCACGACGCCCUGGUGGAGGCCAUCUUGGGCAAGGAGACGGAGGUUUCCUCCAGCCUCAUCCACAGCUACGUCAAUGACCUCCUGACCCCAGGGCCCUCCGGCAGGACGCAGCUGGAGAAACAGUUUAAGCUGGUAUCCCAGUCCAAUGCCAAACAGUGUGACUACUCGGCAGCCCUGAAAGAGUGCAACAGAGAGAAGAACAGAAACUCCUCUUUAAUACCCGUUGAAAGGUCAAGGGUGUGUCUGUCCACGGUGGUGGGAGAAACUACAUCAGAUUACAUCAACGCCUCAUACAUUACAGGGUACCGGCAGAGCACUGAGUUCAUCGUGACCCAGAACCCACUGGCCGGCACGGUGACAGACUUCUGGAGGAUGAUCUGGGAUCACAACUCUCAGGUCAUCGUCACACUGCCGGAACACCAAGGGGAGGAGCCGUACGUGUACUGGCCCCGCAAAGAGCAGACAAUCAGCUGUGAGGCGUUCACAGUGACCCUGCGGAGCGAGAACCAUGUGUGUCUGGCCAACGAGGAGAUGCUGGUGGUGCAGGACUAUGUCCUGGAGGCUACACAGGAUGACUAUGUUCUGGAGGUGAGGCACUACCGGGCGCCUCGCUGGCCCAACCCAGACAGCCCGAUCAGCAGCACCUUCGAGCUGCUCAGCCUGGUGAGGGAGGAGAGCUCCUCCAAGGAGGGCCCCAUGGUUGUCCAUGACGAGGUUGGCGGUGUGACUGCGGGAACCUUCUGUGCCCUGUCUACUCUGGUGUGCCAACUAGAGUUGGAGAGCUCUGUGGACGUGUACCAGGUGGCCAAGAUGAUCAACCUCAUGAGACCCGGGACCUUCAAUGAUGUUGAGCAGUACCAGUUCCUGUACAAAGCCAUGCUGAGCCUGGUUGGCACACAGGAGGACGAGAGGACGCUCCAGUCCUCUGACAACAACGGAACGGUCCCAGGGGGCCCUGUCAGCACAGCCGAGAGCCUUGAGUCCCUGGUGUAACCAUGGCAACGGGGCCCCUAACUUGCCAGUAUGGACUCUUGCCUGUCUCACUGUGUUCCAUUUUUAAAGACAGCAGCUUUGCCUUUUUCCCCUCCUUUUUUUCUCCUCUUCUGUUCUGUCGUUGAAUGGCAGUUUCCUGACCGCUGGACAUGAUACCGCACGACCCUGUAAUGUGUGCCUUUGUACAUUCAUCUUGUACUUCUAACGGCGUUCAUACAAUUAUAGAUUAACUUUACGAUGUUUUGUCGAUACCGUCAUCUUGAGAUGUUUGCUUAACUAACUGUUUUCCCUAAACAUUCGUAUUUAUUGGCAGUAAGCUAUAAAAAAAGAAGGGAAAACGCAACUUUUAUGUUAAACAACAUUUUGUUAGCCUAUUUUUUGUAGAGUCAAUGCAUUGAGCAACUCAUUCUUCCGUCUAGACAAUGUAAAUACUAUUUUGUUUGUAGCAAUGGUGAGCUUUUGAAAUCAAAAAUGCACAUUGGCAUAAAUAAUAAAUCUAAUAUGUAAAUAAUAUUAUAGCAACCAAGACAAUGGACCAAAUUUCUAUUUAUACUUCUAGAUUUUUAUAUUUUACUACAGUUUUUUUUAGUCAAUUUUCAAUGUAUGGCUGCAUUCUAAUAACUUAGUCAAAGCAUUUUUUUGUAUGUUUUAAUGUUAUAGCUAAUGUUCUGUAUUUUGUAACGGACUAAAUAUGAAGCUUGCGGUACUGACACGUUUUAGCUGUACAUGAAACUUUGCUGGAUGAUUAGACAUAGGAUUAAAGAAGUGAAAGAAAAC